AUGACGGAGAAAUCAACAGAUGCAAACGACGUCGAGCAUCAGGCCUCGGUGGCGAGUGCGACUGUCGUUGCGGCGGCGGCAGAAGCUGGUCUAGCUAGUGAAGAUGAUGCUGCGGUUUUAGCAAAACUCGGAUACAAGCAAGAGCUCCGGCGGAACUUUGGUAUCAUGGAGGUCUUCGGCAUCGCUUUCUCCAUCAUGGGACUGCUCCCAUCCAUUGCGUCGACGCUUGCAUAUUCGUUGCCUGCGGGUCCUGCUGGGCUAGUUUGGGUAGCACAUUAUUUCGCCUCGCCUUCCACGCGUAACGCACUCUCCUUCCUCGUUGGAUACAGCAAUACUCUGGGACUGGUAGGCGGUCUCUGCUCCAUCGACUAUGGAUUCGCACUCAUGUUCGUUUCUGUCAUCGUCAUUGCGCGUGAUGGAGAAUGGGAACCGAGCAACGGAAUUGUUUAUGUGGUCUUCAUGUGCUGUGUUCUCGUACACGGAGUAUUAGCGAGUACCAUCAGCAAGGGUAUGGCGAAACUGCAAAACGUCUUUGUGAUUGCCAACUUCAUCCUCAUCACUGCUACCAUCAUCGCCUUACCCAUCGGGCGAGCUAGCCAACGGAACGACGGGGCAUUCAUAUUCGGAACGACCGCGAACCUAACCACUUGGACUCCUGGAUUCGCUUGGUUUUUGAGCUGGUUGAGCCCCAUCUGGACGAUUGGCGGUUUCGACUCGUGUGUCCACAUGGCAGAAGAAGCGUCCAAUGCCACUAAAGCCGUUCCAUACGGCAUUUUGCUCAGUAUCGGAAGCUGCUGGUUCUUCGGGACGAUCAUAUGCAUCGUCAUCGCCGCAUGUAUAAGUACGGACAUCGAUUCGGUACUCGGUUCCUCGUACGGCCAACCGAUGGCCCAAAUCUAUUACGAUGCGUUGGGGAAAAGGGGAGCCCUUGGCUUCAUGAGUCUGCUUUUCAUAGUGCAGUUUUUAAUGGGACUAAGCAUCCUCGUCGCGGCCAGUAGACAAAGCUGGACUGCUAAAUCAAAGUCCAAGGCAUUCUCCCGUGACGGCGCUCUACCGUUCAGCAACUUUUUCCGCCGUGUUUCGCCGCGACUCUUCAUUCCUGUUCGAGCGGUAUGGGGUUGUGUAAUGGUGGCUUGCAUUCUCGGUCUUCUCUGUCUCAUCGCGCCAGCAGCGGCGGCCGCACUUUUCUCUCUGGCUGUGGCCGCUAAUAACGUUGCUUGGGGCACCCCGAUCUUCUGCCGUCUGGUCUGGGGUCAAAACAAGUUCAAGCCAGGGCCCGUGUACACUGGAGAUAAGCUUUCGCGUCCGAUCGGCUGGUUGGCGAUCAUAUUUCUAGUGUUUGGAAUCACACUUGCCAUGUUCCCUGCAACGGGCCCGAAUCCAACGCCUGAGUCGAUGAACUAUACGGUGGUGGUCAACUGCGCGGUUUGGGGGGGAUCCUUGCUCUAUUAUUUCGUCGGUGAGUGA